UUUGGAAGGUGUUAUUCGAGAGAUGGACUCUCAUGCUAAAAAGUAGAAUAGUAGUAACUGCUUUUUCUUCUUUUCAUUUCAUUAUUAUUGUCCUUGUAUUAUUUUUAUCCCAUUCGCUAGUCUCCUCUUCUGCUUCAUUGUUCUUCUUCUUCUUCAAGAAUACACGUCAACUCCAGCUCUUACAUUCAGCUUUUCCUUCAAUUCCCUUCUGUCAGUCAAAUACACUUUCUUCUUUCUCUUCUCCCUCCAAUUCCUUAGCCUUCUUUCCCCUUUUUCUACGUUUUCACUUGUUGACAUUUGAGCAUUUCGGUUCCCUCUGGUUCUUCAACGGUGAAUUGACAAUUUUGCUGAAUACAGUUGACAAUUGUUGGUGUAAAAUACUGUUGAUCAACAUCUCGAGGAUUUUGAUGAAACUUUUUUCUAGUGCAUUCUGGGGUGUGGACUAGGUUUAAGGAUUUCAUUUCGCUGGAUGGUAUAUACUUCAGUAAAUUCUUAGUUUCACGGGGUAACAUGGAGCUACCUCUAUAAGGUUAUGGGAAGCUUGUUGGACCUCAUUGAUUUUGAUCAAGGAGCGAUGGCAAGAAAAUUUCUUUCAAACAAAAGACAUGGCGGCUUGGAUGCUCCUAGAAAUAGCAUGGAAUUUCCAGUUGAAACUUAUCAGAGGUUUGGUGCUGGAGGGGAAAACGCUCAGUGCACUUAUCACAUGAUUGACUGGCCGGAGAAGAACUGUUAUGGGAACGAGGCUCCAAUGAAGAAACUGAUCAGAGAAGAAAUAGCUAGAAGACCAAACACAGGACAUAGUGCACCUAGUGUGGUGGCCCGUCUAAUGGGAGUGGAUGCUUUACCAUUAGAUACAAGAAGAUCAUUGACAAAGCAGGUUGAGAAAAAGAAUGAUAAGAAAAAUGCCAACCAUCCCAAAGAGGAAUGGUUGAGAAAGGUCUCCAUCGAUCAUGCAACACAGUCCUCCAGACAGAAAAUUUCGAACUCCUCUAACCAUGACGAAGCAUGUGAUUUUGACCGACAGAGUGAUAGCCAAAAACUGAACAAAUAUAAACCUCGAGAACAUCCUCAGGAGGAGGAACUACAAAAGUUUAAGAAAGAUUUUGAAGCAUGGCAAGCAGCAAGGUUCAAGGAAUGUUCAAAGUUUGUUGAACUUGGCACCAGUCCAAGUCAAUGGCUAGCACAACAAAGCCUGAACAAGGAAAAGUUGACUAUUUAUGCAAAUUCAAUGAGAACCGCAGCUACUGAGAAACCUAUAGAGCUUAGAGGGCAUACAGUAACAGUGAAUCCCCCUGAAAGAGGCCUUUUGGAGUAUCAGAAAAAUGUAAAUGAACUCCAUGCACCUGCACUAAAUAAGGCCAACUGUGUAAGGGAAGUUACUCCGAACCCCGAUUUUCAGCAGCGUCCUCUUACAAGUUCUUACCAGGGACUUGACGUUGCUUCAGCACCUACAAAGAUAGUAAUUCUGAGGCCUGGUCCUGACAGGAUGGGGACUAACAAUGAAUCGUGGGCAAGUUCUCCGGGCAUUUCUGAAGACAGGGGUAGUAUAGAAGAAUUUCUUGAGGAGGUCAAGGAAAGACUGAACUGUGAAUUGCAAGGAAAGAGUUCCAAAAGGAUCACUACUGUCAGAGGAGGAGGAAUUGAGACCCCUUAUAGCGAAAUGUCACCAGAUGCUAAGCAAAUAGCUCAAUCUAUUGCAAAACAUGCAAGGGAGAGUGUUACUAGGGACUUAGAAAUAACAUUACCUCGAUCAGAGUCGACAAGGUCCUAUAGAAGUGAUAUUCAAUUUGAUGGAACGAGUUCUCCUGAAUUCGUCAAUAGAGAUACAAGGAGAUUUUUGACAGAAAGGUUGAGGAAUGUCCUCAAACAAGAAACAUCUCACGGUACUCAUAGGCUUGCUCGUGGAAGCUCCAUAUCAACGGUUCUGAAUAAAGAAAAAUGCAAUGCUGAAGAAAUCAGAUACACUUGUAAUACGGGAGAUAAAGCCACCAACUCUGACAAUCUCAAAGAUGAAUUAGACAUGCACACCAGAUCUUUCAGACGGGAUACGGGCAAUGAUAUAAUGCUUGAGGAGGAACUAUCCCCUAGGAACCUAAUUAGAUCCUUGUCAGCUCCUGUGUCGGGGACAUAUUUGGAAAGCUUCUUCUAGAGGAUCGACAUAUGUUGACAGGGGCC